AUGAACUGUAUUAAAAGCCACUGGGAUAAAGAGGAGGAGAAGAAAAUCUACAGCUGCCCUCAAUGUAGGCAGACCCUCACACCGAGGCCUGUCCUCAUGAAAAACACCAUGUUAGCAGUUUUAGUGGAGGAGCUGAAGAAGACUGGACUCCAAGCUGCUCCUGCUGAUCACUGCUAUGCUGGACCUGAAGAUGUGGCCUGUGAUGUCUGCACCGGGAGAAGACUGAAAGCUCAAAAGUCCUGUCUGGUGUGCCUGGCUUCUUACUGUGAGAAACACCUCCAGCCUCAUUUUGAAGCAGCUCCACUGAGGAAACACAAGCUGGUGGAGCCCUCCAAGAAGCUCCAGGAGAAAGUCUGCUCUCGUCAUGAUGAGGUGAUGAAGAUGUUCUGUCGUACUGAUCAGCAGUCUAUCUGUUAUCUCUGCUCUGUGGAUGAACACAAAGGUCAUGACACAGUCUCAGCUGCAGUAGAGAGGACAGAGAAGCAGAGAGAGCUGGAGGUGAGUGGACAAAACAUCCAGCAGAGAAUCCAGGACAGAGAGAAAGAUGUGAAGCUGCUUCAACAGGAGUCAGAGGCUAUCAAUGGCUCCGCUGAUAAAGCAGUGGAGGACAGUGAGGAGAUCUUCACCGAGCUGAUCGGACUCAUGGAGAAAAGACGCUCUGAUGUGAAGCAGCAGGUCAGAUCCCAGCAGCAAACUGAAGUGAGUCGAGUCAGGGAGCUUCAGGAGAAGCUGGAGCAGGAGAUCACUGAGCUGAAGAGGAGAGACGCUGAACUGGAGAAGCUCUCAAACACAGAGGACCACAACCAGUUUCUACACAACUACCCUUCUCUGUCAGGACCCGGUGAAUCUACGGACGCAUCCAGAAUCAAUAUCCGUCCUCUGAGGUACUUUGAGGACGUGACAGCGGCUGUGUCAGAAGUCAGAGAUAAACUACAGGACGUCCUGAGAGAGAAUUGGACAAACAUCUCACAGAGAGUUACUGAAGUGGAUGUUUUACUGCCACAACCAGAGCCCAAGACCAGAGCUGAGUUCUUACACUAUUCCUGUGACAUCACACUGGAUCCAAACACAGCAAAUGCACAUAUGUUUUUAUCUAAAGGGAACAGAAAAGUAAGAGAAAUCGGUCAAGACCAGUCUUACUCUAGUCACCCAGACAGAUUCACUGUAUGUUGUCAGGUCCUGAGUAGAGAGAGUCUGACUGGACGCUGUUACUGGGAGGUGGAGUGGAGAGAUGGAGUUUAUGUAGCAGUCGCAUACAAGAAUAUCAGCAGAGGGGGGAGGUCUGCAUGUGGAUUUGGAUACAAUGACAAAUCUUGGGCGUUAGAUUGUUACGACAACAGGUAUAAAUUUUGGUACAACAACGUCAGCACUCCUGUCUCAGGUCCUCAGUCCUCCAGAGUAGGAGUGUACCUGGAUCAGGUACCCUGUCCUUCUACAGCAUCUCUAAAACCAUGA